GCUAAUCAUGAGGCGCGGGCGUUUAUAUAGCGGCGCCAUCUUAAGCGCAGUCUCAUCUCCUGCUCACUCGGGAACAGCUCCAUCUCGUCGCUACAGGGGGAAAGAUGUCGGACGAAGGAAAACUCUUCAUUGGUGGCCUCAGCUACGAGACCACAGAACAUUCACUGGAGGAGGCGUUUUCCAAAUAUGGCACCAUCGCCAAAGUCGACGUAAUCAGAGAUCGUGAGACCGACAGAUCCCGAGGCUUCGGCUUCGUAACGUUUGAAAACCCAGAUGACGCGAAGGACGCGAUGGCUGCCAUGAACGGCAAGACUGUUGACGGCAGAACGAUUCGUGUGGAUGAAGCUGGUAAAUCUGGUGGGAGAUCUGGUGGCUUCAGAGGGUCUGGUGGAAGGGGAUUUUUCAGAGGUGGAAGAGGAAGAGGAGGUGGUGGCUACAGUGGAGGAGAGCGAAGCUACGGUGGUGAAAGGAGUUACAGCCGUGGUGGUGGCGGUGGCGGCAGUUACGGUGGUGGCGAUCGUGGUUACGGAGGCAGGGACAGGAGCUAUGGCAGUGGUGAAAGGAGCUACGGUGGUGGUGGAGGUGGUGGUGGUUACUCCAACAGGAGCGGGGGCUACUCCGGUGGUGGAGGAGGAGGAUACAGAGACAACAGGAACCAGGGCGGUUACGAGCGUUCAUCUUUCGGCAGCUACAGAGACAGCUAUGACAGCUAUGCUACACAAGAUUAAAAUACAGUCCUGAUUCCAAGAUCAUCACUUCGCUGGCUGUGUUAGAUGUGCUCUUCGAAGACUCUUGAGAUUUUUUUUUUUCCUCCACUUUUUGUUUCAUUUCAGUUUUACUAGUUGUAAUGCUCUCCUACAUAAAAAUACAAGAUGCUAUCUUUUUUUUUCUUUUCUUUUUUUUUUUUAAAAGAAGAAAAAUCGUGUCCGAGAUGGUGUCAUUAUAUUUUUUUUUUUGGGGUGUAUCCUGUAAAAAACAUUUGAGCCCGUUUUUAGAUUGCCUGUACCUUCAGUUACCACUUGUUUGCUCUUGUUUCUUUGUUGAAAUCUGUUUUUCUUGAAACCAUACGUGAAAUCUCUAACCAGUUCAGCACAGCCUGAUAGCUUCUUAAAUUUAUUUGAAGUAAAACUUUGGACCAACAUACACUUACAAAUGGAUUGCUGUUGGAGGGGGGGGGUGUUGCUACAGAAGAAGCAGUCUCUCACUUGGAAUCGCCUGCUUCUUAAUAAAAAGAAAAAGAAAAAAAAAACUUCAUCAGACUCUCAAAAAGAAGCUUGCCAUGCUGUGAUGUGCUUUUAGUGGCUUGAAGUCCUUGUAAUGCAUUCCUUUAGUAAAGCAGGGAAGGUGUGCUAAUUUUUAGAGCUCAGGGCUCUGGCAGGCCGCCUUUGUUUUGCUAAAGACUUGUAAAGUUCCCAAAGAGUGAACUACUCUGAUUGGUGCUGCCAGAUUAGGAGUUUCUCUGAGCUCAAUGUGGCCCAAUGUACUUUACUCUUUGUGACUUUUGAAUAUAAAAAGAGUACUGCUUGGAGAUCAGUUUUAUAUCCAUGUCAAGGUUUUGUUCCUUUGGGGAGAGAAAUGUGCCGUUUUGUGUACCAACAACUUUUUUUUCUUUUUGUUAAAUUGGCUUCAUGAAGCCCAUUAAACGAAUUUCUGAA